CUUUAUCUUUUUCUGUUAUCACUUGCAGAAACCCAAUAGCCCAGACUGCAAUAAACAAUAACAAACUCUUCAUCACAAAAAGCACCUCGUGUGAUUAUUCACAUGGAGGAAAUCACUGACAAGGGUUAAAAUACAGAGGGAAAAAAUGUAACUUGGUAUUAUGAAUUCUAUAAGUAUCUAUGAAGACAGAGUCAGAAGAUGCAUAAGGAUAAUCACCCUUAGCUGCCCCAUGGAUCGAUAUUCAGUAGUAAGUCAGUAAAUAAAAGACAAGAUGUCUAGAAACUGUAUCACUUCUCUUGCUACGUACAAAUCCAUUAAAAAGAAGAUGCAGCCCAACAAAACUGUGUUCUGUACAUCCAAAAGAAAUAGACAUAUUUAAGUUUACUUAAAUUCUAAAUGGUUAUAUUUAGGCUUCUACUAAAAUAUAUUCUAAAAUGUUGAUGCACAAUAACUUAAAAACUUGGAGAACUGAUUUGCAAGUCAUAUAAGGUGUAAAUAUUUCGUGCAGUAAUAUAUUUACCUUCUCCAAUGACUGUUUCUCUUUACAGAAUGAGACUACUUAAAGUUUUCAGACAGAUAAGGCUGUGUACAAAAGUCAUACUAAACAGCACACACCACACAAAUCACAAGGCAAAAAGAUAGUAGGCGGAAGUGCACUGUACACUCAGAAAGUUGCAGUCUUACAAAAUACAUGACCUCUUUUAAAAAUAGUGUCUCUGUCAAAAGCAGGAAGUAAACCUCAAACUAUCUAUAAAAUUCUAUUUCGCUCUCUGUUCUAGAGGAAACAAAAAGAGAAGCACUGACAGCAUCACCUGGAAUUUGCAGCUGUCUCUCUGGCUGAGAAACCAGUUCAAGCCAGAGGAAGGUCUAAGUGGCAGAACUGGGAUGUGAAGCUGUUCCUCCAGCUUCCCCAGGCUCCCAGGGACUUGCACAUGAACACUCCUGCCUGCUGCCACAGUGCGGAGCGAGAGGAACCGCAGGCGACCCUCUGCCAGCAACGCAAGCUUCCCAUCACAGGAAAUACACAAGAUUUCAUCACUUCUCAACAGCACACUACGGAGAGUGGAAAAGACAAAAUGCAAAUGAAAGCCACAAACAACUUCAGCUACUCUGGCAACGGCAGCAACUGCAGCAGCGAUAACAAAAUCAGUCAGGUCAUCUUUCCUUUGCUUUACACACUUCUCUUCCUGGUGGGUCUCACUAUGAAUGGCCUGGCAACGUGGAUCUUCUUUAAAAUAUCCAGUAAAUCCAAUUUCAUCAUCUUCCUCAAGAACACUGUCAUUUCUGACAUCCUCAUGAUCUUGACUUUUCCAUUUAAAAUCCUUAGUGAUGCAAAGUUGGUACCGUGGGUGCUGAGAGGAUUUGUGUGCCAGGUCACCCAGGUCAUAUUUUACUUCACCAUGUACAUUAGCAUUAUGUUUCUUGGGCUAAUAACUAUCGAUCGCUAUCAGAAAGCCACUUCACCAUUCAGAACAUCAACCACAAAAAGCCUUUUCGGUGCCAAGAUCCUGUCCACGGCAAUCUGGAUAUCAAUGUUUACUCUUUCAUUACCCAACAUGAUUCUAACAAACAAGGAAAAAACACCUAAGAAUGUAAAAAAGUGUGCUCUCUUGAAAUCUGAGUUUGGCUUAGUCUGGCAUGAAAUCGUGAACUAUAUUUGCCAACUUAUCUUCUGGGUUAAUUUAGCAGUCAUAGCUGUAUGCUACAUACUCAUAAGUAAGGAACUGUACAAAUCCUACAAAAGGACAAGAUGCACAGGAAAAGCAUCUAAAAAAAAUGUAAAUCUAAAGGUUUUUAUCAUAAUUGCAGUGUUUUUUAUUUGUUUUGUGCCAUUCCACUUCACGAGAAUUCCCUACACUUUGAGCCAAACGAGAGACGUUUUUGAAUGCUCUGCUCAGAACACCUUGUUUUACUUAAAAGAGAGCACGCUGUGGCUGACAUCACUAAAUGCUUGCCUAGAUCCAUUCAUUUACUUUUUCCUUUGCAAAUCAUUUAGAAAAUCCUUGCUAGACACGCUAUGCAAGCACACAGAAUCGCCAGAACUCCGAACACAGAUGGCAGUGCAGAAUGAAGGAGACGACACAGACGAGACACCACUCUAGCACGAAGAACUAACCAUGUCCCUACUUGGCCACAUACGUUUAUUUGGAAGGCAAGGAGAAAGCAGUAAAAUCCUGCUGAAAGUUACCUAGAAUUUUGCCAACACCUUUACAAAUUGCCCUACAGAUGAAGCACAAACACACUGGAACCAACACCACUGGUUGCAGAAAUGGCAAAAUUAGAAAGCUUGAAUAAAACAAGAGCACCAUCUGAUCACAGACUCCAUGCUUGUCAGAAUUUCUAGGAAAAAGUUAGAAUUUAUAGUUGGAGCUGCAAGAAAAAAUUAAACCAGAGUCACAAAAUGCUACAGAACAGAAGAUGACCCGCAGAGAUUUUGCAGAAAUAGCUUAAUUUGGGCCAGAGUAAAGUCCAUGGCAACACAAGAGCCAAGAGAUGCAAACAAAAUCCACAAUAAACAUAGUUUUUAAAUACACGAAGUUGUUACCUUGCAUGCAACCAAAAGAUAAACAGAAAUAUAGGACAUAUGUAGGUAAACUAUUUAUCUGUGCAGAUUUUUGGUAACAGAGUAACAUUUUGUUUACCUCAUUACAUGCUUGCAGUUCUUAAUCCAUUGACCAAUAAUUGUUUUAUGUCAGAGGAAAUUAUUUCAUAAUCAGGCUUACCUUGAUGUGUGUUCAAUCUUCAAAUGCUUCACCUUAUUAUAUGAAAAAUAAAAAAUGUACACUUUUACAGAGAACAAAAUACUAUAUUGGAAAAUGCGCAAAGAUUCAAUCUACAGAAUACUUAGAUCUUAGUGAACGAAAAACUAAUUGUAAAAUCUUUACUAAUUAUUAAGGGCAGCCUGUUUGCACUAUACAAGAAUUGUAACCAUUUAUGCCUUUUCAUUUGGAAAAGUGGGAAAAAGGAGGAAGGUAUUCUCAGGAACAAUUAUCAUUAUAAUUACACACGAAAAAUACGCAAGGCUAAUGUAAUAAACUAUGCUUCAUUUAGCAUAGCUGCAAAACAGCUCCCAGUCAGA